UUAGAGCGACCCGCCUAUUGGUCUGACUCACAGAGACGGCGGUCUUCUGUUCCGUGAUUGGUCGAGGGUCGGGACAGACGGGCUUUCAGUUUUUCGUUAGUUAAUCUUUGCAGGAUUAUUGUUGAUCUUGUCCAACAGUGAAGGCUACUGGUUCUACCGGUUUGGCUGCUGGUUCUGAUCCGCGCAGGCUCCACGCGCAGCUGACGUCUCCGCGGGACAGCAGGACAGGAGCGCCGCUGCUCUCCGGAGAAGGCGGAAGGGCCGAUAGAGCGAGUCUGAACCCAGCGGCCAGAUGGCUGAUCCGAAUUUCCCGCCACUGCCUGGAUUCAUUCCUCUUAAACCGUGUUUCUAUCAAGACUUCGAGGAGAUCCCUGAGCAGCAUCGCAGCAUGUGCAAGAAGAUGUACCACCUGUGGAUGUUGAACAGUGCCACACUGAUGGUGAACCUCAUUGGCUGCUUUGCUUGGAUGUUUGGUGGAGGCGGAGUCACCAACUUUGGACUGGCCAUCAUCUGGCUCCUGAUGUUCACCCCCUGCUCCUACGUCUGUUGGUUUAGACCCAUCUACAAAGCCUUCAAGACCGACAGCUCUUUCAACUUCAUGCUGUUCUUCUUUGUGUUCAUGGCCCAAGUUGGGAUCAGCGUCAUCCAGACCAUAGGAAUCCCAGGAUGGGGGGUGUGUGGCUGGCUGGCUACCAUCUCCUUCUUCAGCUAUAAUAUUUUGAUAGCGAUAAUCAUGCUGAUCCCUACAAUCAUGUUCACUGCGGUGGCAUCGCUGUCCUUCAUCGCAUUGACCAGGAUCCAUAAUUUCUACCGUGGUUCUGGAGCCAGCAUGUCCAAAGCUCAGGAGGAGUGGUCCACAGGAGCCUGGAAGAACCCUCAUGUCCAGGCAGCAGCCCAGCAGGCGGCCAUGGGGGCAGCAGCUGGAGCCAUGCAAGAUCAGUUCUCCAGCCCUCAGUACAACCAAAACCAGAUGUAGCAUCAAGAAUGGUGCAGAUGUGAGGCCAAAGUCUGAGUUUGAAAGAUUAAACCGUCUCACAUCAGUAAGUUUGAGUCUAGAACAACAAAACAAAGCAAUAAACACCUGGGAAGCUGUUUUCAAGGCCAUGCAGCAGAAUAAAGGUGUUUUAGAGAGAUCUGUAUUUAUAUACUUUCCCUUUGGACAUAAAAUAGUUUUAAUACGUGUUACUGUAGUACUGUAGAGGUACUGUACUAGCUCAGUAUCAGAGCUAUGUGCUGCCUUAGUUAUCUGCAGGUUAGAAAUGAAACCAAAGACCAAUCCUCUCUUUACUUUUUCAUACACUAGCUAUGCAACUAUGAUAAAUGCAUGACUAUGUUUUCAUGUACUGUUUGAAUGAUGGGAUAUUUAAGAAAUGUUAAUAUUUCUUUCAUUUUACCUCAAAAGGAAACCACAACCUUUAAUGUUACUCUGCUAGACCUCAGUACACAAUGAUUGAGUUAAUUUGAGUUAUUGCACUGAGAAAUAAAGAAAAUACAGCCAUGCAGUAUUAUUACAGGUAUUACUACAGGUGUUAUUACAGGUGUUAUUACAGGUAUUUUACAGGUGUUAUUACAGGUAUGAUUACAGGUAUUAUUACAUGUGUUAUUACAGGUAUGAUUACACGUAUGAUUACAGAUAUUAUUACAGGUGUUAUUACAGGUAUGAUUACAGGUAUGAUUACAGGUGUUACUACAGGUGUUAUUACAGGUGUUAUUACAGGUAUUACUACAGGUAUUAUUACAGGUAUUAUUAUAUGUGUUAUUACAGGUAUUAUUACAGGUGUUAUUACAGGUAUGAUUACACGUAUGAUUACAGAUAUUAUUACAGGUGUUAUUACAGGUGUUAUUACAGGUAUGAUUACAGGUAUGAUUACAGGUGUUAUUACAGGUGUUAUUAAAGGUAUUACUACAGGUGUUAUUACAGGUAUUAUUACAGGUAUUGUUUAGGUACAUAUCUGAUCCAAUUGAACUUGAAUUCAGUUGAAUCAGUAUGUGAAAAACACCAGAGUUACGUCAGAUGUUUAAACGUGUUCAGAAUUCUAAAAAGGUUAAAAAGCAAACUUGUCUUCAUGUUCAGACUCAAGUUUCACUGAAAACAUGAAAGUUCUCUGGUGGUAGAACCUGCUUCUGUUGUUUGGCUAUCUGACCACCGAGGGGCGCUGAUGGACCUUGCAUGAAAUAAAGAGAUCCAGCAAGCUCAUUAAACCCCCCCCCCCCACACACACACACACGCACACACACACACAGAUGGUGAUGAGCUACAUUGUAGCUACAGCUGCCCUCGGGCGCACUGACAGGCGAGGCUGCCACACAGGCACCACAGGUCCCCUCCACCACCACCAGCAGGUUAGGAGGGUGAAGUGCCUUGCCCAAGGACACAGCAGAUUUUUUCCCUGCAGAGAUCCUGCAACCCUCCAGUUGCUGGACAACCCGCUCUUCCUUCUGAGCUGCUGCUGGGGCUUUAGGCUGCAGUCAUCAGCGUUAUUGAUGGGUUGGACUCCACCAUUCUGGGAUUUUCAGAUGAAUAAACUUUCAUUUUCUUAGCAGCAUGGUUUUUUCUAAGAAGCUAUUUGCUUGAGUGUUUAUAAUGUUUGCUCCAUUUAAUCAAGACAUUCUACUAACUCAUUAUUUAGGGCUUUCUAUUGUUUCCAAUACAUUACACACAGAAAAUGAUACUUUAGUCACAAAUGAAUGCUGUUAAAAUCAGAAAUCAAAAGCAGAAGUUACAUCCUCUUCCUUUAGGGGGCAGUGUUGGCCUAGUGUGGAGGCCCUAUUCCCCCCAGCCUGCCCACAGAAGAGAGGACACAACAUGGCGCUGCUUCCUUUUGGUUUGCAGGUUUUUAUAUGAAAAUAAACGAAACCUAAAGAUGGAGUGAUUGAUGCAAAAGUUGUAGCCCCAAUUUAUAUACUACAAAUAAAAAUAUUUAUUUAGCGAUUCACUUCUUA